UGCUCGUGGGCUCCGCUUGCAGCCAAUGGCGACACGUUGUUUUACCCGUGACCUCAUCCGCCACUCCUCGUACUAAAGAAGGAAACAAACAUCCAUCCAGAAGGAACAGGAGACGGAGAGAGAAAGACGGAGAGGCUGGAGUACGAGGAAGGGAGAUUUAAACCCAUCUAAAACCAAGGACACACAUACAUAGCUGGAGAAAAGGACGUUACCAGGACCUGAAACCCGCGACCUGUUUUCUUCUGACAAGACAAACAGCAACUUUUCUUGUCGUCUCGCGAGAAAUUUCAUCGGUUUUUAGCAGCAAUGGCCCAAGAGACGAACCAGAGCCCAGUGCCAAUGCUUUGUGCCACAGGCUGUGGUUUCUAUGGAAACCCAAGAACCAAUGGCAUGUGCUCCGUGUGUUAUAAGGAGCACCUGACACGGCAGCAGAGCAGUGACCGCAUGAGCCCUCUCAGCCCUAUGGGCUCAGCUGCUAGUCCUACCUCAGAGGCCUCAGCCAUCCAGAGACUCGAAGCCAGUCUAGCCAAGGUCGAAGCCUCACCUGCCUCUUCACCAGACAUGUCUAGAACUGUUCAAGGAUCUCUUCCCGUGACUCAACAAAUGACAGAGAUGAGCAUUUCCAGAGAGGACAAGCCAGAACCCUUAGAGCCUGUUAUAAGCCAGCCUCCUGCUUCUAGCCCUUCUCCUGUAGCUUCCUCCAGCAAUGAAGAAAGCAAGGGUGAAAUCCCCAAGCCCAAGAAGAAUAGAUGCUUCAUGUGCCGCAAAAGGGUGGGCCUUACAGGGUUUGACUGUCGCUGUGGCAACCUGUUCUGUGGCAUCCACCGGUACUCCGACAAGCACAACUGUCCCUAUGAUUACAAGGCUGAGGCUGCUGCCAAGAUCCGUAAAGAGAACCCUGUGGUGGUGGCUGACAAGAUCCAGAGAAUAUAGAUUAGUCCAAACAACAGCAGCAAUGGCAACGAUGACAACAUCUUUGACAAAGACUGGAGUAUGAGUGUGAAACUUUGAAAUGGGCACCAGCAUGAGUAGCUAGGUAAAGACUGAAAGGACUCGAUUUGCAGAAUUACACCAACAAGAAAAUAAUGGGAGAGGAAAAAAGAAGAAAAAAAUGAAAAGAUCCUGUCUGAGAGAUGCAUGAAUGAUCGCUUUUCUCCGUUUUGGUUAAUUCAUUAGUUUUUUUUUUAAUUCUGUUUUCUGUGGUGUGAGUUUACCACUGUUCGGUCCUUUUUCUUCUAAGAUUAUGUAUUGUCUUAUUAAAAGCAGCGCAGGCGAACUGCCCAGGAUAUGCUGUGCUCCUCUCACCCAAACCAGGCGCCGUUUUGUGCCAAACUGCAUACAGCCAUUUUACUGUCACAUGUCAACACUGGCAGGUCUUUCAGAGCAUUCAAACUCCACAGUAACAGUCCGCAAGAGUUGUGUCCUUCAACGUUUGAACUUCUUGUUCUGUGUUCUGUUGGUAUUGGAGUCAGUCAAUGUUUGGAGAACCGUACAAAUGUCCCCCACCGUGCACAAGGGGCUUUGUUUGUAUUUCCUAGCUUUACCUACCUCACAGCUGCUGUGUUAAGCUUUGUUGUCUUCCCUUUUAUUUUGUUUUCAUCAGCUUCAACCCCAGCAGAGCAGUGGGUCAUCGUGAUAAUCAGCUUCACUGACCCUCUGAUCAACAUGCCCAUGUUGACUUUGAAUGGUUUGAUUGUGAUGUGAUGAGGCUGUUUCCAUUUUGGCUGGGGGUAUCAUGUUAGACAGGGACAAAUUAAUUACUCCACAUUUCACUGAAUCCACAGUUUCAAUGGACAUAGGGGGCAAAGGAGUUCCCCAGCUGGCCUGUGCUCAGAUUGUAAUCUCAGACGCCUGGUGCAGGGCUGUGUGUACUGAUGUGUGGCAUGAGAGGAAGGAUGGCACCCAUCCCUAGCAGACCUGGUAGAUGAAUCUAAGAUACAAUAUUGUAGGGACAUGAAUGGACAGCAUUAAUGCUUUGAGUUACUCUUUAUCUGCAUUAGUGUUUCAGAAAUAUUUGUCAUCACUCACCAUAGGGGAUCAGAUAUUUUAUUUGCUGAGAAGCAAUUACCUGUUAUGCUUUGUUAUCUUUUUUUCCUUUUUAGAUUAAUGUUAGCGCAUGUAUUCAAUGCAUGUGUGGACUUAGGGUAUGUGAAUCAUGAUUUUUAUUAUUAUUUUUUUUUAAUGUGCUAACAGAACGUUCAUGUGAGCUGUGCGAGUGUGUUGUUCCCCAACCCUUUUGUCUUUGGAGCUACCCGGUUUAUCAGCACAUGUUUACAGAACUACAGGAGCAUGCCAGAGCUAGAUUUAUGAAAAGUAAUAGAUACCAAGAUUAGAUGUAACUUCUCAUCUGUCUAACAGCUAUUGGUCUGUGUGUCUGCUGUAGAGCCUGUAGAGAAGUGUGCGUGUGUAUAUUUGUGUGUGUGCAUGUGCACAUACCUGUGCAAAAGUGUUUUCAUGGCUGCCUGACACAUUGAAACCCAUGUAUGUUUGUGACUUGUUAAUCCCUCCUUUUUCUCCCCUGUAAGGAUGUUUUUCAUUUAAAAGAUAACUGUAUGUAUCUGUUUGAGUUUUUCCCUUUUGAUUCUUAGUCAUAUGCAAAUUUGUACACACAAAAAAGAAAAACUGUGUUGAUAUUUAUGUAUUACAUAUAAUCUUGCUAUCCAGCAUUACAACAGAAUAGUAUCAUGUAAAUAAAGCUGUACAGAGAGACAUUACCAUG